CGAAAUGUCGUUUCUUUCCCCAUUCCAUCUUCUUCGCUGUCAGCUGUCAGAAAUGAAUCCCAAUGAAUAAGUUUUUACUUACACAUUUAUAUAGGAGAGGGACUUAUUUCCAAACCUUUACCAGAAUGGCAUCUUCUGAUAGUGGAAAGUUUAGAAAUCGUCUUGCCAAAGAGAAAUCUCCUUACUUGUUACAACAUGCUUCUAAUCCUGUUAACUGGUAUCCAUGGGGACAAGAAGCUUUUACCAAAGCCAAAACAGAAAACAAACCGAUAUUUUUAUCUGUUGGUUACUCUACAUGUCAUUGGUGCCAUGUUAUGGAAAGGGAAUCAUUUGAAAAUGAAGAAGUUGGCAAGAUUCUCAAUGAUGAUUUUGUUUGUAUAAAGGUGGACAGAGAAGAAAGACCAGAUGUGGAUAAAGUGUACAUGACCUUUGUACAGGCCACAAGUGGGGGUGGGGGAUGGCCUAUGAGUGUUUGGUUGACACCAGAUUUGAAGCCUAUUGUUGGAGGAACAUAUUUCCCUCCUGAUGAUAGAUAUUAUGGCAGACCAGGGUUUAAGAGUAUUCUGAAAAAGAUUGCAGAACAGUGGAAGGAGAAGAGAGAGCUGAUAGAUCAUCAAGGAACAGCUAUAUUGGAUGCAUUGAUGAAUGGUACAUUAAUAGCGGGGACAGCUGAUUUAGGACAUCCUGGAAGAGAAAGUGCCUCUAAAUGUUAUCAAAUGUUACAAAAGUCAUAUGAUGAAGAACUAGGAGGGUUCGGUAAAGCACCCAAAUUUCCCCAGCCAGUGAAUUUGAAUUUCCUGUUCCAUUUGUAUGCCACAGACCCUAACAGUGAAGUUGGUAAAACAGCAUUAGAGAUGAGUCUGCAGACACUUAGGUUUAUGGCUAGAGGUGGAAUUAAUGAUCAUGUUUCAAAAGGCUUUCAUAGAUACUCUACAGACACAAAUUGGCAUGUGCCACACUUUGAGAAAAUGUUGUAUGAUCAAGGACAGUUGUUGGUAGCUUAUGCCACAGCUUAUCAGAUAACAAAAGAUGAAAUGUUUGCUGAUGUUGCCAGAGAUAUAGUGGAAUAUGUGACUAGAGAUUUACAAAGUCCUGAAGGUGGGUUUUAUAGUGCAGAAGAUGCUGAUUCCUAUCCAAUAGAUGGCGCUUCAGAGAAAAAAGAAGGUGCAUUUUGUGUUUGGACCUAUGAGGAGAUACAGUCUCUUCUGAAAGAACCAGUAGAUGAUAAACCAGACACUAAAAUGGCUGAUAUAUUUUGUUUUCAUUAUGAUAUAAAAAACGAUGGAAAUGUUGAUCCAAUGCAGGAUCCUCAUGAUGAACUGAAGAAUCAGAAUGUUUUGAUUGUUAAAGGUUCAGUAGGAAAAACUGCAGAGAAGUUUACAAUGGGAGUUGAUAAGACUAAGCAGAUAUUGGAGCAGUGCCGUCAAAUUUUAUAUGAAGUCAGACUAAAGCGACCAAAACCACAUCUUGAUACUAAGAUCCUAUCUGCAUGGAAUGGAUUAGUAAUCUCUGGUUUAGCAAAGGCAGGGUCUGUGUUGCCUAACACAGAUUUUGUGGCCAAAGCAGAAGUUGCUGCUUCUUUUAUACAGAAAUACUUAUACAAAGCAGAUACCAAUGUCUUAUUACGUAGCUGUUACACAGAAGGGAAGGAUGUCGUCCAAGGGCAGACAGUGAUACAUGGUUUUGUUGAUGACUACACCUUUAUGAUUCGAGGUCUGUUAGAUUUAUUUGAAGCCAGUUUUAAUGACAAAUGGAUUUCCUGGGCAGAUUCACUACAACAAAAACAAGACCAGUUAUUCUGGGAUACAGAAGAUGGAGGAUAUUUUAACAGUGUCAGUAAUGAUUCAUCCCUUGUACUCAGACUUAAAGAAGAUCAAGAUGGAGCAGAGCCUUGUUCAAACUCAGUAGCUGUGAGUAACUUACUCAGACUUUCAAACUUCAUUGAUAAACCAGAAUACGUAGAGAAAGCUAAUAAGAUAUUGACUGUAUUUAAUGAACGUUUGAUGAAAAUUCCUCUUGCUGUACCAGAGAUGGUUUCUGGACUGUUAUUUUCUCUGUCAACAACAAAACAGAUAAUACUUGUUGGUGAUCCUGGUUCUGAAGAUCUGACAGCCUUGAUUGACUGUUUAAACAGUCAGUUUAUUCCUAACAAAGUACUGAUAAUAAGUGAUGGACAAAAUGAUAGUUUUCUAAAAUCAAAACUAGACAUUCUACAAACUCUAACUAAAAAAGACGGUAAAGCUACAGCGUAUGUAUGUGAAAAUUAUACUUGUUCUCUACCUGUGAUGUCACCAGAGCAACUGUUAAAACUAAUCAGCUGAUUGAGAUUAAAUAUAUAUAUCUUAUAAUCCAUAUUGAUUUGAAACUGUAUCCCUGUCCUUAAAGAGGUAACCAGAGGAGUCUUACAUUCAUAUAACCUUGUGGUUUGCUAUCAUAUCUUUUUCUGAUGCCUGGUAAAAGACCUCCACACCAUAUUUGCUGCAUUUAGGUUUUUUUUUUAUUGAUCACAAAUGCGGCUGAUUGUUAGGCAACUAAUGCUACAAAAAUACCUCUAGCAUGACAAUAUGUGGAACAAUUCUAUGGAGAAAACUUAUGCCCUGAUUUAAAUAUGAAAGACAGCAACCAACAACAACCACGGAAUGCAACAUAUCAGAUCUUGUUUACACGAAAGCAUAAUCAUCCAGUAUGAUUAUUGUGAAAACCAUCAUACUUUGAUAUUUUUUUUACUAUAAUUUAUUUUUUACAGAGUGUUGUACAUGUAUUCAUAUAUAAAGUAUUUAUCACUUAUAUAAAAAAAAUUAUAUAAAAUACUUUCUCUAUUUGUUACUUUCGGCAUUGAAUAAAAUAUUAUCUUAAAACAA